UUUUAUGUUAUAUGCCAAUUUAUUGUUUUAAACUUCGUUUUACAUAUAAUUUGUGAAAUUUGUUGACUUUCAAGCUGAAUAUAUUUUGAUUUUUAAGUUUUAUCAUUGGUGUUUAAUUAUUACACUAUUACAAUGAGUGACUCUGAGGCUGAGACUGCCUCAAUGGAGACUACCAGGAUGUACAAAGAUGACCUAGAAUUAUCUCGUAUGUCUUUAUAUCUUAGUUCUCAAGAUCUGAUACAUAAUUCUCCAGAAGCUGUUCGGCACAUAAGGCCGGAGAGCAUAACAUUUGAUUCAACGCCAGGUGACAUAUCUGUGGAUUUUGUACUUGUUUCAUCAUCCAAAGCUAAAGCACCUGUAGACAUAGAUGGUUGGAACCGUAGAUCUGCAUUUGAGGAAAGAAUUAAAGAACAAGGUUUACUUCUUGAAGAAGAUGUUGUUGGUGGGUUGACAUUUGUCAAAGUGCAUGCACCUAUACCAGUGUUACGUAGAUAUUGUGAAAUAUUAAAAUUGCGAAUGCCCAUGAAAGAGUAUCCAAUGACUGAACAUAUUCCUGAAAAAGGUUUUGAUCUAAUGGAGAAGAUAAAAAAAAUUGUUGGUCACAUUAUAAGAAUUUUUAUCACUAUUGAUCCUGGACCAUUUGCACCAACUAAGUACAUUCUCACAGCAGAGUAUUCACGGGAAAAAAGUUAUUUAUUUAAUGAAGAUGAUCCAGAAUUCUUUUCUGCUGAAGUUCGGACAUUAGUUAUAGAUUUCAUUUUAAACAGAGUUAGUUGGGGAAAAGAUCAAGCAGAUGUCAAUUGCGUUGGAAUUCAGUGUCUUUUAGAUGGAGGUGUUUAUAGAGCUGCUUAUCCUUUACAUGAUGGAGAGCAUACUACUGAAAAUUCACUACGCCAUCAGCUGUAUGUCGAAUGGGCUAUGAUCAGUAAAUGGAUUCGUAAACAGCCAAUUGAUCAGAUUAAAGAGUAUCUAGGUGUGAAAUAUGCAUUUUACUUCACAUGGUUAGGAUUCUAUACAUACYUGCUGAUUCCUGCUGCUAUUUUGGGUUUAGUUGUAUUUUUUUAUGGUAUCUUCACUUUUCCUAAUAAUAGAUUUAGUUCUGAUAUUUGUAAUGCUACAGACAUAAUAAUGUGCCCAUUGUGUGACCGUACAUGUGAUUAUUGGGAACUUUCAAACACCUGUUUUUAUGCAAGGUUAACAUAUUUAUUUGAUAAUGACUUGACUGUGAUAUUUGCCUUCUUGAUGUCUAUUUGGGCUACUCUAUUUCUUGAACUGUGGAAACGAUAUUCAGCUACCAUUACACAUCGCUGGGGAUUGACAGGAUUCACUUUUGAAGCUGAACAUCCAAGGCCUCAAUACUUGGCACGUUUAGCUGGAUCUAAUCAUACUAAAGUGAAUAUAGUCACAGGAAAUGUCGAACCAACCGUGCCUCUCUGGAAAAAAAUUCCUGCAACAUUAUUUAGCAUUUCCGUUCUUUUACUAUUAAUUGUGAUUGCUGUUGCUGCUGUGUUUGGAGUUGUGCUGUAUCGCAUGUCUGUUUUAGCAUCACUUAGUCUUACAAAUCAAUCUGAUUGGAUGAGUACAUAUAGCAAUAUAUUUAUUCCAACUACAGCAGCUAUCAUUAAUUUGGUUUGCAUUCAAUUAUUAAAUUUUAAAACUAUCAAUGGCUGA